AUGCCCCGUUACGAGUCAUAUACCCAGUUCAACACAAAGCGGGACGACAUCAUCAAAAAAAUAUUGAAUUCGAAGCUAAUUAAGCCACCCCGUAAAGCCGGCAGCUACCCUGAGCCGAAAAAUAUUGACAAGUCCAAGUAUUGCACUUUUCAUCAGAAAUAUGGUCACACGACUGAUGAGUGUGUAAUCGCAAAAGAUCUCUUGGAACGUCUAGCAAGACAGGGCCACCUUGACAAAUUUAUUUCAGGUCAUAUUCAAAAAAAGACGGUGACGACUACCGAACAACCUCCCAUAGGCCAGUCAUCAUCAGCAAAGGACAAAGAAAAAGCCCCUACUCAGCCCAGGGGUAUAAUCAAUUGCAUCUCGGGAGGAUAUGCUGGGGGCGGAAGCACAAGCUCGGCCAGGAAGCGUACCUAUAGAGCGAUGUUGGCACUUUCAGACACCACCAACAAUCCCCAACAAAGUCAAGAUCUCCCAGAGAUAACCUUUCGCUCAACCGACUUUAUUUGUAAAGAUGCAAACCUAGAUGAUCAUGUAGUCAUCUCUAUUCAGUUAGGCGAUCUAAUCGUUCGAAAGGUCCUCCUAGACCCAGAAAGUAGCGCCGACGUUUUAUUCUUUACUACAUUUGAAAAAAUGAAACUAAGUACUAAUAUUUUGCAGCCAUCUAUUGGAGAUCUUGUAGGCUUUUCAGGAGAACGGGAUAAAGUAAUAGCCACGGUCCAUGGUGACCUUCAAGAAGCUCGGCAUUGCUAUAAUGCGAGCCUGAAGCCUGUGAAGAGAGGGGCUGAACAACGAAUCAACUCUAUACAUGCCGAUCAACCGACCUUAGCCGAGUUAGAUCCCAGAGCUGAUUUUGAAGAUCGUCCUAUGCCAAAUGAAGAUGUAACAAAGGUUUCAUUGACCGAUGAUCCAACAAAAUUCACCUUUAUUGGAGCAUCCACAAAGGGAGAAGAAAGGGAUAAGCUCGUCCACUUUUUAAAACAGAAUGCCGAUCUCUUCGCAUGGACCCCUGCAGAUAUGCCAGGCAUCGACCCGUCAGUGAUCACACACAAACUUGCGAUAAACCCGGCAGCCCAACCAGUAUCUCAGAAAAAAAGGAACCUCGGAACUGAGAAAAGGCUCGCCUCAAUGGCCGAAGCCAAAAAGCUCAUUGACGCCCAAUUCAUCCGUGAGAUCAGGUUCACAACGUGGUUAGCCAAUGUUGUAAUGGUAAGAAAAAGUAACGGUAAGUGGCGCAUGUGCGUCGACUUUACAGACUUAAAUAAGGCUUGUCCCAAAGACGCCUACCCUUUACCAUGCAUUGAUACCUUAGUUGAUAAUUCUUGUGGUUACGGUACUUUGAGUUUCAUGGAUGCGUAUUCUGGUUAUAACCAGAUUCUCAUGCAUCCAUCAGACCAAGAGAAAACAGCCUUUAUAACCGAAUAUGGUAAUUAUUGUUACAACGUAAUGCCUUUUGGUUUAAAGAAUGCAGGGACAACGUAUCAGCGGCUGAUGAACAAGGUAUUUGCGCAGCAGAUAGGUCGAAAUAUCGAGGUAUACGUGGAUGAUAUGGUCGCUAAGACAAAGACAGGACAAUCUCACAUUGCCGACCUUACUGAAAUCUUCGGCCAAAUCCGAGCUUACAAUAUGAGGCUCAAUCCUGAGAAGUGUGCCUUUGGCGUCCGUGGGGGGAAAUUUCUCGGGUUCAUCCUCACCAGUAGAGGAAUUGAAGCAAAUCCAGAAAAAUGCAAGGCCGUUCUUGACAUGACCAGUCCCGUAACAAUAAAAGAGGUUCAAAGAUUAACAGGGAGAUUAGCAGCUUUGUCGAGAUUCUUACCAUGUCUAGCAGCAAAAUCAGCCAACUUUUUUCGGUGCUUACGGAAAAAUACAACCUUUCAGUGGGAUGAGGAAUGCGAAGUCGCAUUUCAAAGUUUAAAACAAUUUCUCUCUAAACCCCCUAUUCUGCAAAAGCCUAAGAUCGGCGAAACUUUAUAUUUGUAUUUGUCAAUUACUGAUACAGCAAUUAGUUCUGUUCUUGUUACAGAGGAUGAGAGNAAUGCCGAGCUUCACUAUCCGAGGCUAGAAAAGCUCGCCUAUGCCCUGGUUUUCUCUGCAAGACGGCUUCGACCCUACUUCCAAAGCCAUACAAUUAAUGUCAGAACCACGCAACCAUUACGCCAGAUACUCGCCAAACCCGAACUAGCAGGGAGGUUGAUUAAGUGGUCCAUUGAGCUGUCCAAAUUCGAUAUCCAGUAUCAACCUCGCGGAUCUGUCAAGUCCCAAUACCUGGCUGAUUUUUUAGCCGAGUUUACCGGACCAAGCCCAAAGACACAAAACACACAGUGGUUGCUGUUCGUCGAUGGCGCCUCCAACCUUCAAGGAUCAGGAGCAGGAAUUCUUCUAGAAAAUCCAGAAGAACUUGUCAUAGAAUACUCUCUCCGAUUUUCAUUUAAAGCCAGCAAUAACCAGGCUGAAUAUGAAGCUCUGAUCGCCGGACUCAGGUUAGCCGUCGAAUUACAUGUUUCUGAAUUAAAAGUUUACUGUGACUCAUUGCUAGUGGUCCAACAGGUAAAUCAAAGUUUUCAAACGAAAGAUCCUAUUUUAUUAAAAUAUCUGAAUAUUGUUAACGAGCUUAAGAAUAAUUUUUCAAACUGUGAAAUAAGUCAUAUACCUAGAGAUCAGAAUCACAGAGCAGAUGUACUUUCUAAAUUAGCUACCACCCAGUCACACACAGCCACACUUUCGCAGUCCACCCUAGCAGAACCGAGUAUAAAUAUAAUCGGUACUUUUGCUAUUUCUAAAGAAACUAGUUGGCAAAAACCAUUUAUACAAUUUCUUAAAAAUGGGGUCGUUCCAGAUGAGAUCCAGGAUCAGAAAAAGUUUAGGAGACAAGCAUCUUUCUAUACACUGUUAAAUAAUAAUUUAUAUAGGCGAGGUUACUCUCGACCUUUACUAAAAUGCCUAGACAAAUCGAAAGCCGACCUUGUUAUAGAUGAAGCCCACGAAGGCAUAUGCGGGAUACAUUCGGGAGCAAGAAGCCUCGCGCAGAAAAUUCUCCGAGCUGGGUUUUAUUGGCCCACAAUUUGGGAAGACAGCCGAAACAAAGUUCGAAUUUGUGAUAGCUGCCAGAAGCAUGCUCGGAUCAUUAACGUACCAGCCGAGAACCUGCACCAAUCAAUCAUAAGCUGGCCAUUUAACCAAUGGGGGAUCAAUAUCCUCGGACCGUUCCCCACUGCGCCAAGACAGAAUCUAAAAAUAAAGCAACACUUUUCCUCCGUAGAGCAUCCACAAUCAAAUGGGUUGGCGGAGGCAGCAAAUAAAGUCCUCUUACAGGCUCUAAAGAAGAAAGUAGACAACGCUAAAGGCUUAUGGGCUGAACUCGUCCCAGAAAUAUUGUGGGGAUAUAAUGCUACAGCACACUCAACAACCAAGGAGACACCAUUCCAUUUGGUAUAUGGCUCGGAAGCCAUGAUGCCAAUUGAAGUCUCGCACAACUCCCUGCGGGUAGAAGCUGACGAACACACACAAGCUCGUCAAGCCGAGCUGGACCUCAUUGAAAAAGUACGAAGCACGGCGGCAAUUCGUCAUCAGGCGUUACAACAACGUCUAAGUCGGUGACAUAACAAAAAGGUAAAACCGAGGAACUUUGUUGUAGGCGACCUGGUACUACGAAAGACUGAAGAUGUCCGAAAACCUUCCUCCCAUGGAAAGCUCGCAGCAACUUGGGACGGCCCUUACAGAAUACAUGAAGUCCUCGGAAGGGGAGCUUAUCAGUUGGAAAGAUUGGAUGGCACAAGGUUACCAAACACUUGGAAUGUUAGAUCCCUAAAACAAUAUUAUAGUUGAACAUGUAAGAACACUAGUACUCUUUUUCCUACCACAAGAUUUUUUCCUAAAAAAGGUUUUGCUUGUGGAGGUUUUAAUGAGGCUAGCUGACCUGAUAU